AAUAAAUAUAUUUUUUUGACUCUUCAACCGCCCUAUAUUCUUUCAUUUCCAUUUUCUUCUGAGAAUCAAAAAUGUCUUCUGCCGGAAUCACCGUUGCUGACGGCGGCGCAGCGCUGUAUUUCUGCCACAAAUGCAGUCACACCGUCACCAUCACCCCUUCUCCGACCGGCGAUCUCUUCUGCCCUACUUGCAACAGUGAUUUCGUUGAAGAAUGCGAAGAGCCGGACUCUGAACCGGAAGUGUUUCCGAGCUUCCCGGACCCGGCCUUGUUGAGUAGUAUACUCAUGGGUUCUCGUUCGUAUUCUGAUUCUACCACCGGUUCUCGUGUUUUCCCGUACCCUGCUAUUUUCAACUCAGCCCAAAACCCUAGACAAUCGUCCUUCGGGUCUGAUGGUUUCAACCCAUUUGAUUUUCUUCAGACCCAUUUAGCUUCUCGAAGAGCUAAUGGGGUUAGUUUUGAAUUCGUCAUCGAUGGGGGUAACGGGGGUAGUGGGUUACAGUUACCGGCGAAUAUAGGGGACUAUUUCAUCGGACCCGGGUUUGAGGAAUUAAUCCAGAAUUUAGCGGAAAAUGAUCCGAAUCGAUACGGCACGCCGCCGGCGUCCAAAUCAGCAGUGGAGGGGCUCCCGAGCAUUAAAGUUGAUGAGGAAUUGAUGCGUUCUGAACUGGCACAGUGUGCUGUUUGUAAGGAUGAUUUUGAGAUGGGGUUAGAUGUGAAACAGAUGCCUUGUAAACAUGUUUAUCAUAAGGAUUGUAUUGUCCCGUGGCUUGAGUUGCACAAUUCUUGCCCAGUUUGUCGAUAUGAGUUGCCAACGGAUGAUUCUGAGUACGAGAAUAGGCAAAGAGACAAUGAUGGGGACUCGAGCGGGGGUGGUUCUGCUUCUGGAAGUGGGGCAACAGGGAGAAGGUUUACUACAAUAUCAUUGCCAUGGCCUUUGGGGAGUUUUGGAUCAUCAUCUAGCCAGGGAGGAUCAGAGUCUCGUGAGCAGCAGAACAGGGAGUCAAAUUAGGUUAAUGGUUACUUGGUAUCCUUGCUUGCAGCUUGUAUCAUGCAUACAGAGUUGGAGGAAUUGUUGGGUAGAUAAUGAGAAAAUGCUACAAAGGUAAAGGAUUAGGUUUCAUCUCUUAAAGUAGAUACAAGGUUUACACAAACCUCAGAUAGUAUUACAAGAUUUUUGUCUGAACAUUUUGCGUCAGAUGUCCAAAGUUGUCCAAAGUUUUCGUUUAUGCUUCAUCAAUCGCGAAUUCUGCGAAUUGUUUUGAUCUUUGUGCAGUUGAUCUGACAUUGUUGUUUUGAUUGAUCUCUGUGCUGCUAGUUGAUGAAUUUCUUAGCCA